CCGGGGUGCUGCGGGGAGCAGCCUGCGGCUCGCUGAAACCCGCCUGAACCGGCCCCGCAACCCUGGCCCGGAGCGCGCGGCUCCCGAGUUCUCCUACAGGUCAGCGGCAAGCCAGGAUCCAGGGCUGGGCUUCCGCCACGCUGCACAGCCAGAGUUGCAGAUGAUCGGUGCCACCUGUGUCCUGGGAACCCAUCUAGCAUUCCUGCCCCAGGUGUACGCCCUUCAUCCAUAACCAAGAAGAGCCUUCCCACCCUCCACAGUUAGGAAGACCUGGUGAGCGGCCUGACCCGGACUUCUCCCUCGUUCCUUCGAAGCUGCCACCAGCCAAGAUGCCGAGGAACCAGGGCUUCUCGGAUCCCGAGUACUCGGCUGAGUACUCUGCCGAGUACUCCGUUAGCCUGCCCUCUGACCCCGACCGCGGGGUCGGCCGGACCCAUGAAAUUUCUGUGCGGAAUUCGGGGUCCUGCCUGUGCCUGCCUCGCUUUAUGCGGCUGACCUUCGUGCCUGAGUCCUUGGAGAACCUCUAUCAGACCUACUUCAAAAGGCAGCGCCAUGAGACACUGCUGGUGCUGGUGGUCUUUGCGGCCCUCUUUGACUGCUACGUGGUGGUCAUGUGCGCGGUGGUCUUCUCCAGUGACAAGUUGGCGCCCCUCAUGGUGGCCGGCAUUGGUCUGGUGUUGGACAUCAUCCUCUUUGUGCUCUGCAAAAAGGGGCUGCUCCCGGACCGAGUGAGCCGCAAAGUGGUACCCUACCUGCUGUGGCUGCUCAUCACAGCUCAGAUCUUCUCAUACCUGGGCCUGAACUUUUCACGUGCCCACGCAGCCAGCGACACGGUGGGUUGGCAGGCCUUCUUUGUCUUCUCCUUCUUCAUCACGCUACCCCUCAGCCUCAGCCCCAUCGUGAUCAUCUCUGUGGUCUCCUGUGUUGUGCACACGCUCGUCUUGGGGGUCACUGUGGCCCAGCAGCAGCAAGAUGAGCUGCAAGGGAUGCAGCUGCUGAGAGAGAUCCUGGCCAACGUCUUCCUCUACCUGUGCGCCAUCAUCGUGGGCAUCAUGUCCUACUACAUGGCGGACCGCAAGCAUCGCAAGGCCUUCCUGGAAGCCCGCCAGUCGCUGGAGGUGAAGAUGAACCUGGAGGAGCAGAGCCAGCAGCAGGAGAACCUCAUGCUUUCCAUCCUGCCGAAGCACGUGGCUGACGAGAUGCUGAAGGACAUGAAGAAAGACGAGAGCCAGAAGGACCAGCAGCAGUUCAACACCAUGUACAUGUACCGGCACGAGAAUGUCAGCAUCCUGUUUGCGGACAUUGUGGGCUUUACCCAGCUGUCCUCCGCCUGCAGCGCCCAGGAGCUCGUAAAGCUCCUCAAUGAGCUCUUUGCCCGCUUUGACAAGCUGGCGGCUAAAUACCACCAGCUGAGGAUCAAGAUCCUGGGGGACUGUUACUACUGCAUCUGUGGCCUGCCUGACUACCGGGAGGACCACGCCGUGUGCUCCAUCCUCAUGGGGCUUGCCAUGGUGGAGGCCAUCUCGUAUGUGCGGGAGAAGACCAAGACUGGCGUGGACAUGCGUGUAGGGGUGCACACAGGCACCGUGCUGGGUGGUGUCUUAGGCCAGAAGCGUUGGCAGUAUGACGUGUGGUCUACUGAUGUCACUGUGGCUAACAAGAUGGAGGCCGGUGGCAUCCCAGGGCGUGUGCACAUCUCCCAGAGCACCAUGGACUGCCUGAAGGGGGAGUUUGAUGUAGAGCCUGGCGAUGGGGGCAGCCGCUGUGACUACCUAGAUGAGAAGGGCAUCGAAACCUACCUCAUCAUUGCCUCCAAGCCAGAGGUGAAGAAAACAGCUCAAAAUGGUCUCAAUGGCUCGGCUCUGCCAAAUGGAGCGCCGGCAUCGUCCAAACCCAGCUCCCCUGCCCUUAUCGAGACCAAGGAGCCCAACGGGAGCGCCCAUGCCAGCGGCUCCACAUCAGAGGAGGCUGAAGAGCAGGAGGCUCAGGCCGACAACCCCUCGUUCCCCAACCCCCGCCGCAGGCUGCGCCUCCAGGAUCUGGCCGACCGCGUGGUGGAUGCCUCUGAGGAUGAGCACGAAUUGAACCAGCUGCUUAACGAGGCCCUGCUGGAGCGGGAGUCUGCCCAGGUGGUGAAGAAGAGAAACACAUUCCUCCUAACCAUGCGGUUCAUGGACCCAGAGAUGGAAACACGCUACUCGGUGGAGAAGGAGAAGCAGAGUGGGGCGGCCUUCAGCUGCUCCUGCGUGGUCCUCUUCUGCACCGCCAUGGUGGAGAUACUUAUUGACCCCUGGCUGAUGACAAACUACGUGACCUUCGUGGUUGGGGAGGUUCUGCUCUUGACCCUGACCAUCUGCUCGCUGGCGGCCAUCUUUCCCAGGGCGUUUCCUAAGAAGCUUGUGGCCUUCUCAUCUUGGAUUGACCGGACCCGCUGGGCCAGAAACACCUGGGCCAUGUUAGCCAUCUUCAUUCUGGUUAUGGCCAAUGUUGUGGACAUGCUUAGCUGUCUCCAGUACUACAUGGGACCUUACAACGUGACCACCGGGAUGGAGCUGGAUGGUGGCUGCAUGGAGAACCCCAAGUACUACAACUAUGUUGCUGUGCUGUCCCUCAUCGCCACCAUCAUGCUGGUGCAGGUCAGCCACAUGGUGAAGCUGACGCUCAUGCUGCUCGUCACGGGCGCCGUGACCGCCAUCAACCUGUAUGCCUGGUGUCCGGUCUUCGAUGAGUACGACCGCAAGCGUUUUCAGGAACAGGACUCUCCUGUGGUGGCCUUAGAGAAGAUGCAGGUAUUGUCCGCCCCUGGGCUCAAUGACACUGACAGCAGGCCACCCCUGGUGCCUUCCAAGUACUCAAUGACUGUGAUGAUGUUCGUCAUGAUGCUGAGCUUUUACUACUUCUCCCGCCACGUGGAAAAACUGGCACGAACACUGUUCUUGUGGAAAAUCGAGGUCCAUGACCAGAAAGAACGUGUCUACGAGAUGCGACGUUGGAAUGAGGCCUUGGUCACCAACAUGCUGCCUGAGCACGUGGCCCGCCAUUUCCUGGGGUCCAAGAAGAGAGACGAGGAGCUGUACAGCCAGUCUUAUGAUGAGAUUGGAGUCAUGUUUGCCUCCCUGCCCAACUUUGCUGACUUCUACACCGAGGAGAGCAUCAAUAAUGGUGGGAUUGAGUGUCUACGCUUCCUCAAUGAGAUCAUCUCUGAUUUUGACUCCCUCCUGGACAACCCCAAAUUCCGGGUCAUCACCAAGAUCAAAACCAUUGGCAGCACCUAUAUGGCAGCUUCAGGAGUCACCCCAGAUGUCAAUACCAAUGGCUUUACGAGCUCCAGCAAGGAGGAGAAGUCAGACAAGGAGCGCUGGCAGCACCUGGCUGACCUGGCCGACUUUGCGUUAGCCAUGAAGGACACGCUCACAAACAUCAACAACCAGUCAUUCAACAACUUCAUGUUGCGCAUAGGCAUGAACAAAGGCGGGGUUCUGGCUGGAGUCAUCGGAGCCCGGAAACCACACUAUGACAUCUGGGGCAACACAGUCAAUGUAGCCAGCAGAAUGGAAUCCACAGGGGUCAUGGGCAACAUCCAGGUGGUAGAAGAAACACAGGUCAUCCUUCGCGAGUAUGGCUUCCGCUUUGUGAGGCGAGGCCCCAUCUUUGUGAAGGGCAAAGGGGAGCUCCUGACCUUUUUCCUGAAGGGGAAGGACAGGCCAGCCGCCUUCCCCAACGGCUCCUCUGUUACACUUCCCCACCAAGUCGUGGACAAUUCCUGAAUGGCCUCUUUCCCCCAUGAUGGUCCACAUGGGAAGGGAGGUGUUUUUGGAAGUGGAGAAUGGCUUUUGGGAAAGGGCCACUGACCAAGUCCUGGUGUUCCCAAGUUGUUGGCGUGCACAUUCCCAUAGACUUUAGGUUCAGAUUUCCUCUAGCCUUCCUGUGUGGAUGUGAGUGCUGAGGGUGGCCAUCCCUAGCCACAGUGUGCCUGUAGCUUCCCCAGUGUAGGGGUCGUAGGCAUAGCACUGGGACAGCCUCUCCAGGCCUUUGUCCCAGCUCAGCCCUCAUCCCUAGAGAGGCCAUGGCCACUGUGAGUAGGAUGGCGGUGGAGGUGGAUGAAGCUGCCUGUGCUGCAGGCUCUGCUGAAGGGGAGGGCUCAGCGCAGAGACAGCUCCCCGCCUGGCUGCAGUCUGGAGCAGCGCUUGUCAUUGGACGAGGAGCGCUCCACUGGCGGGUGGGCAGGCUGCCUCCUCCUGCUCUGUUAGGUCAGUGGCCCUUACCCCCACGUUCCUGAUAAUCUUGAAAGGUUCUUCCGGAACCCUGUGUCACCUUAGUCACGGGAGCAGAAAGUGCAAUAUUUCCUUUCACCUGGGAGGGGGAGGGGUUAUUUCUGAAAGAAAAAAUAUAUAAACAGAUUGUCUACAUUUAUAUUUUUAACCUGUUUAAAAACAAACAACCUUCCAAUAUUGCCUUGUCUUCUGAGCUCUUGCUACAGCCGCCUUUGCUACUGCUUCAACAGAGAGUCUGCAGGUGUUGGUAAAGGACAGGACUGUUUUAUUAAAAGCUUUACUCAACUUGA